UUUAUCAAAAAUUCAUUAAACGAAGGAAGAAUAAUAUUAAACAACGCGAAAGAGACAAGCAUCGAUGUAACAAACGAACGCAAUGAAACAGAUGUGAUCUGUGAUUGGAACCAUGAAAUUUCAGGACAAUGUUCAUAUAAUUUCAAUACAAAUUCGUUGUAAUAAGAUUAUAUAUGUUCUUAAAUAAUUAGUUACCUUUUCAUUCAUCACAAGUAUAAAAUUUUCAUUUCAAAGAUGCCUGUCGUGGACUGUAAAUUUGAUCUACCAAUAAUGGAUAAUGUAAACAAAAAGCAAAAUAUUCAUAAUGAUAAAGAGAAAGAAAAAGAGAAUGAAAGAAAAAAUCUGGAUCAAGGAAUUUCUAAAGAAUCAGAUUUAGAUGUAUUAUAUACAACUCGAUUAGAUUCUACAAGUCAGGAAGAUGUUGAAAAAAAGAUUCAGUGUCUGAAGCAUUUAUUGGAAAAGGAUCUAAGAGCAGCUGAUUUAAAAUGGUCCUUAUUUGUAGCAGCUUGCAAUACAUAUCGUUACGAUACUUGCUUAAAACCAUUUCCAUCAAUGUAUAUAAAAAAUGAAUGCAAAGACAUUGAAGCUCUGAGGAGAGCAAUAGAAAUAAUUCCUCCAUUGGCUGUAAUAUUUAAAGCAUUAUCAGAACAAGAUGUAUAUGAAAGAUAUGGAACAGCUAUAGACUUAUUACAUUGGGUUUUAGUACGUUUAAGAGACCCUUAUAUAAAAAGUAUUAAAAAAGAAAGUUAUGAUUCAAUAUUGAGAAAAGUACCUUCAGAAAUGUCAGUAGUUGCACCAAAUUUAAUAUUCCAAGUUACAAGUACAAAACAAUCCACUUCAGAAGACAGAUGGAAAACAAUUGCUGAAGGACAUUCAACUUUUUAUGCUUAUCAUGGUAGUCGAUUAGAGAAUUUUCAUUCCAUUGUACAUUAUGGUUUACAACAGAGUAUGUGUAAGAAGUCAUUGUUUGGUAAAGGAAUAUAUCUUUCAAGUGAAUUAGGUGUAAGUUUACCGUACAGUCCAAUUGGCUAUGGAUGGGGAGGUAGUGUGCUAGGAAGUGAAAUGAGUUGUAUAGCUUUAUGUGAACUAAUUAAUCAUGCAGAUGUAAAAAUUGGAGAUUCAGAAAAUAAUGCUAGAAAUUUAGUCACAGAUUCCACAGGUGGAAGAGUUCCAAAUAAAUAUUAUUUGGUAACCAAUAGUGAAUUAAUAAGAGUACGUUAUCUUCUUAUUUACAGUCAACAAAUUCAUGCCACAAGAUGUACUGAUAAUAAAGGAUUAUUGGCAUGGUUCAAGCAACAUAAAUUAUUAACAUUUGUGCUUGGCUAUGUGGUACUAUUGGCUUCAGUUGGUCUGACUCAUAAUAAACAAGUUGAAAAAUAUUAUAAAUUAUUUGCUCAAAAAGUUGGACUGGAAUAAAAAAAACUUUUUAUAUGAUGAGUUAUCCAUCUAAUAAUAUAAUACAUUAAGAUAAAAAUUGUUUUUUUAUAUUUUUCAUUGAAUGAAAUUUAACAUAAAAUUGCAUUUAUUGUAAUAAAUAUACACAAUUUGUAAAUAAUACAUAUUAUUUAUAUAAAAUAUUAUAUUUUUAUAUAAAAUUUAAAAUCUUGAUAAUAUUAUGGGGAAAUUUUCUGUAACUAAAUAAUCAUCUUCAAAUAUUACAAUUAAAUUCACUUCAAAUUCUGUAAUAAAUAAUUUAUGACAUUUUUAUUAUCAAAAUUCUUAUAAAAAUUAAAAAAAAAAUUCAUAUGAUAUUCUUACCAACUUUAAAAUUACUUGUACUUAAUGUAGGACAUGUAAAUAAUCUCGGAAAUAUCAUAUAUAUUGGUAUAGGUAAAUUUGUACAAACAUUUCCUUCUCCAAUUUGUAUAUUUUGUAUUUCUGUAGCUGAAAUAAAUAGUAUUGUAAGAUAAUUAAUCAAA